UUAAAUUUCUGGACUUAUGACUUUAGAGCCCUUGCCUUCAAAUUAUGUCAGUGUCAGUUUGUUUUUGUUUUGACGUGAGUUUGAAAUUUGAAUUGAUUUCUUUGUACGUUUGAGAUUUUAUAAAUAUCUAAUAUAUUUUAAUUUUUAUAAUUUAAUGUUAGUUACGUAAAUAUCUUAGUUGGCAUUAUAACAUUUGUUUAAAGUAUUCUAUAUUGUUUAAAAAAUGUUAUCUAAAAUACUGGAAAAAUAUCCUAAACACAGAGGAAAUACAGUGUGCUUAAGUUAUUUUGAUUCUCCUUUAGGUAAAUUAAUAUCUGCUGCCGAUACAAACUUUUUGUACUUUGUUUUAUUUGAAGAUUCAAAAGAUUUAGACAAACAAUUACAAACCCUUAAUCAAGAAAUGAACUGCACAUUUGUAGAAGACAAAAAUGAUAUUCUUAUGAAAUUAGAUACUGAACUUACCGAAUACUUUAAAGGCAACAUUAAAAAAUUUACUGUUCCUUUAAAAACUCAUGGUACUGAUUUUCAAAAGGAUGUGUGGAACAAAUUGUUGGAGGUGCCUUACGGAUCAACAUAUACUUAUGGAGAUCUGGCUAAGUUACUAGGCAGGCCUACAAGUCAUGCAAGAGCAGUGGGAGCAGCUUGUGGUGCCAAUAGUCACAUCCUGUUGAUACCGUGCCACAGAUUAGUUGCGAAUGCAUCUAAAGGUGGCUUCAGCUGUGGCAUUGAUAGGAAAGAAUGGCUUCUAAAACAUGAAAAGAAAUUUGUAUAGUUAUGGAUAGGGUAUAAGAAUUUUGGGUUUGGAUUUUUUUUUUGGGUUAUGCAUACCUUUUGUAAGAUAAGUUGUUAAUUUUAAGUGCACUGUGACAAUAAAAAACAAAUACCUUUUUUAUUUCAAUCAUUCAAAAUAAUUACCUAUAGCUCUUUAUCCCGAGAA